GAGUGGAGUGGGGGCUGAUUUUUCCCGAUGCGAACGGGGAGUACCAGUCGCCCAUUAACCUGAACUCGAGAGAGGCGAAGUACGACCCCUCGCUGCUGGAAGUGCGUUUGUCGCCGAACUACGUAGUGUGUCGCGACUGCGAAGUGAUCAACGACGGACAUUCCAUUCAGAUCGCCCUCAAGUCCAAAUCAGUGUUAACAGGGGGGCCAUUACCUCGAGGACAUGAAUUUGAACUACACGAUGUUCGAUUUCACUGGGGGAGAGAAAACCAGCGUGGUUCUGAACACACCGUUAAUUUUAAGGCCUUUCCCAUGGAGGUAAGAGUGACGCUGUGUUGCAUAACGCCUGCUAAAUGCAAAAGAUUUUAUUUCAUAGGCUGAAUUCCUGGUAGUACAAAAGAGAGUUUCCUUUAGCUCAGCAUUUUAUUGCUUUAUAUUUCAACCGCAAAGCUAUCUUGCUGAGGUAUGCUUUAGGGCUGGUAAAUUAAGGUGUGCAUCUGGAAUAGAAUGCCUCCAGCGCUCAUCACACUGUAUGAUUAAUUGGUCAUAAAGUUAACGUGCAGAAUUAUUAACUUCUGUCUUAAUAAUAUUAGUGUUCUAACAAGAUCUGCCAUUUCAACACUUCCUAUGUCACCUUGACUAAUAGCUGUAGAUGGGGAGAACUAGCCACUGGAAAUACUUUUGUGGUGAAUAAUGACAACUUAGGUAAA